CGCCAUGGGAACCCGCGACGACGAGUACGACUAUCUCUUCAAAGUUGUGCUGAUUGGAGACUCUGGGGUGGGGAAGAGCAAUCUCCUGUCCCGCUUCACUCGCAACGAGUUCAACCUGGAGAGCAAAAGCACCAUCGGCGUGGAGUUUGCCACCAGAAGCAUCCAGGUGGACGGGAAGACAAUAAAGGCGCAGAUCUGGGACACUGCCGGGCAGGAGCGAUAUCGCGCCAUCACCUCCGCAUACUACCGUGGAGCUGUUGGGGCGCUUCUGGUUUAUGACAUCGCCAAGCACCUGACGUACGAGAACGUGGAACGCUGGCUGAAGGAGCUCCGGGAUCACGCGGAUAACAACAUUGUCAUCAUGCUGGUGGGGAACAAGAGCGACUUGCGUCACUUGAGGGCUGUGCCCACAGAUGAGGCCCGCGCGUUUGCAGAAAAAAACAACCUGUCCUUCAUCGAAACUUCAGCGCUCGAUUCGACAAAUGUAGAAGAAGCUUUCAAGAACAUUCUCACAGAGAUCUACCGCAUCGUGUCCCAGAAACAGAUUGCAGACCGAUCUGCCCAUGACGAGUCUCCUGGAAACAACGUGGUGGACAUCAGCGUGCCCCCCACCACCGACGGACAGAAAUCCAACAAACUCCAGUGUUGCCAGAACCUGUGACCUCCCAGGACACGCUCCUGCCUCUCACAUUGCCUGUGCUUCACUUAGAAACUCAUGCGCACUCCUCCUCCAGUGUCUCCUGUCAUUCAG